AUGGAAAACGUAGUCAAAGAUAGAAACAGGGAAGGCAAUAGAGAUGACGAAUCUCGACCAAACACUUGGAGUGGAUCUGCCAAAAAGUUUCUUGGGACACCAAAUUCAUGGUUCGGCUCAGAUCCAGGCCGGAGUAGCUCAGCCAGUGCCGUCAGUGGCCAGGUUCCAGGUCGAAGCUCAGUCGUAGGCCAAAAUGACGUCACCGCUUCCCGAAGGUCCAGUUCAGCUCCCGGAUCCGAAGUUACACGAGAUCGACGAUACAACCAUCGAUACCACAACAGAGACGUGUUUGAUCCUCCUGGUCCAUGUGGCGGCUAUUGUGUGUAUUUGAAACAAGCAAUAUGCAAGUCGAUCGCCGACGCUUGCACAUUCUGGAGGAGACUUCGCGACGAUCGGUUUCACUGGGAGCUCUUCAAAAGUGUCCUAUGGUUCACUAUAGGACUUAAGCUCUUCAAUGACAUUACCAGGCAUAUAAACAAUGCCCGUCAGAAGCCCCGCUGCAGGCCAAGGCGUUAG